AUAUAUACAUAUAUAAAGAGAAGUGACUACUUUAUAUUAUUAGCAAGAAGGUAGAUAUCUCAAUGGCCAUGGCUAUUCCUGAAAUAGAAUUGAGGAGUUGCGAGAAGGCAAUGCCUGUGGUAGGGAUGGGGACGUCGUCGUCUCCUCCGGCGGACAUGGAAACGGCGAAGAGCGCCAUUGUUGAAGCGAUCAGAGCAGGGUACCGGCACUUCGACACGGCCUUUAUUUACGGGUCAGAGCAGCAUCUGGCCAAAGCCAUCCCCGAAGCCUUACGCCUGGGGUUGAUCAAGUCCAGAGACGAACUCUUCAUCACUACCAAGCUCUUCGCCAGCUUUGCCGAACGCGAUCUUGUGGUGCCCGCCAUCAAGAUGAGUCUCAGCAAGCUUGAAUUGGAGUAUGUUGACAUGUACAUAAUCCACUGGCCAUUCAAAUUGAGCAAAGAGGUGAAAAGUAUGCCUGUAGAAAAGGAGCUUAUUCAACCCUUGGAUAUAAAAUCAGUAUGGGAAGGCAUGGAAGAGUGCAAAAGACUUGGCCUAACUAAGGGCAUUGGAGUCAGCAAUUUCACUUGCCAGAUGCUUGACUACCUACUUUCCAUAGCCAAAAUCCCUCCAUCUCUCAAUCAAGUGGAGAUGAGCCCAAUUUGGCAGCAGAAGAAAUUGAGGGAAUUUUGCAAUGCAAAGGGUAUUCAUAUAACAGCUUACUCUCCAUUGGCUGGAAGUGGGACUAAAUGGGGAAACAAUACGGUUAUAGAGUGUGAUGUCCUCCAAGAGAUUGCCAACGCCAAGGGAAAGACUACUGCUCAGAUUGCGUUGAGAUGGGUGUAUGAGCAAGGGGCUAGCUUGGUAACAAAAAGUUACAACAAGGAAAGAAUGAGGACAAACGUGGACAUCUUUGAUUGGUCCUUGACCCACGAAGAAUCACAAAAGAUAGCUGAGCUUCCCCAACGAAAGAUAGUUACUUUUGCCUCUGUGGUAGGGCCACACGACCUCGUACUUCAGAUUGAUCAAGAGUUAUGAUUAAAUCAUUUCAAAAUUACAAUACUCUAUAGUUUCCAAAUGUUAAAAGAUAUGGCAUCAUUACCACGAGAUGCGUUGCAAGAUUUUUCUUUUCUUGUAUUAUGAUGUUUUUAUACUUUCUAAAUAAACAAUGUAUCAAAGGUUGACCUGCUUCAAAUUUAUGAAGCAUAUAUUGAAUGAAAAUAAAACAAGUGUGUACCAACAAUAUUUUCUCAAAAA